AUGGGAGAAGCUAAAAUACUAGUUGAAGUGGAGUUGGAUAAACCGUUCCCGAAGCUCAUUGCACUUGAUGACAAGCAAGACAAUAUCUACUUGGUAGAAAUUGAGUACUCUUGGAUUCCUAGUGCAUGUGAAAGGUGUGGUGCACUUGGUCAUAAAGAGAAAAGGUGCUUAUUACCACCUCAGCCACAUGAUUCUGGUCCUAUUACAAAGGAGCCUCAAGUUACAAAUGAAGAGGUUCCAAUGGUGGACAUUGUCAAGCUGCUGCAAAGCUCAAGCUCACCUACUACCCAUCAAACACCUGAGAUUUCAAAAAAGUCAUUGGCCACCCUUCCGUCUGAGGGUGCAUUUGCUAGUCCGAUCACACAUUCGCAUGAGGUACACACUACCCCUUGCUCUCGGAUUGAUAACACUUUACCUCUAUUAGCAGCCGAUGAAGUUGCGCCAACUCAGUCACGUAUUAUGGAAGAUAUUCCAUCACAUUCUGUCAUUUUGGAAGGCUAUCAAGCUUCUGAAACUGAGCAACCAAUUGAUCCCCAUUCUCCUCUCACUCUUGAUCAUCAACGAUUCCAUAUGGAGCCGGAAACUCCGCUUGCAUAUGGGAAAGGUACUGGUUUUGAUGUGGUUGGAGACUCCUCUAGUUAUGCUAUAACUCGAGGAGGAAGGACAAUAAAACCAACAUAA